AUGCUGCGGUACGAGACGGCCCUCCGCGAGCUCGCGUCCUGCGACCCGGCCGAGCCCCCGACGGAGUUCCGCAUGAUUCAGGUGCUCCAACUCUACGACUGCGUGACCCGGCGGAUUGACGAGAGCCUUUCGCCGUAUCUCGCGGAGCUUCUUCGGCUGUUUCGUAUCGAGUUUUGCCGCGGGAUUUUCUCCCGAAACCCGAUCGGCGACGACGAGGGCGAGGGCGUCGGUGCCGCCGGCGAGGGGGAGGUCUGCACUUUUUUCGAUCAAAUCAACUCCCUGCUCAGCGAAAACACGCAUCUGAUGCGUGAGCUAAAGGUAAAUGGCGCCGAGGUGAAUAUCAUCGAGCUGAAGUAUGAGGUGGAGCGACUUCGGGGGAACAUUAAGCUGUGCGAGAACGAGAUUGAUCGUCUCGCGCGUCAGAACUCCCACAUCACGCAGCAAUAUUGGGAACUUUUUGAUAAAACGACCUCCGAGAAGGACGCGCACCUUUCCCAGGUCGACUCCCUGGAGAAGGACCUUCGGGCGGUUGGGGUUGAGAACAAAGAUCUCCAACUUCGUCUGUUUCGUCUUCGAAAGGAGGUGACAGAUGGAAAGGCGAAGUUGUUAACCGAUCAGUACCGCCAGCUCAGGAAUUCCAAAAUGUCCUGCCUCACAACGCUUUUCUCCGAAAGUGAUGAGCGGGUGAGUAUUCUCGUCCUGCUGAGCCAGCUGGAGUUCCGCCUGAAUGAGGUGUUGGAUCGGUACGAUGAUAAAUACGUCAUGAACGACGCCGAUCGCCCCUCGCAAGUCGGGAUUCAUCAAAAAAUGCAGGAAGACGUGGUGGUGCUCUUGGAGGAAAUGCAUCUCUGCGUUCAACAAUACCGGCGGCUGACUUGUCAACCGACGGAGCACUCCCCGGUGGCGCCCGCGAAUGUCAGCCCGCGCUAUUCCAUCCAUCGCCACCCCCAACAUACCGAUACCACCCUGGACGAGACCGACAGCUUCCUCAUGAUGCUUUUUGACUUUAAAAUCUACCACAACUUCAUCUCGCGCGAGAUUCUUCAACAACGCGGGAUUAGCCGCGGCGGCGCGGGGGGUCUGGAGGAUCUUUCGCGGUCGCCCUCGCAACUCCCCGCCAUGCACGGGCCGUUUAUUGGCUCCCUUGCCCUCGACGGCGUUUCCUCCGGGCCGCGCGAGGGGUUUCUCGCGCGGCUUUUGGAGGCCAAAGAAGGGGAACACUACGGCGGCGAGAGUCGAGCUUCGCACCUCGUCCUUCCGCCUUUUGACCACUCCCACAAGGAGGAACAUGGCGGGAAUGCGAAGGCGGACUUCAUCUUCGCGAGCCGCGACGCGUGGAUUUCGCGGAUGCUCGGGGGGAUGGGGGAUGCCCUCGUGCACCCCUCAGAUGGGCUGCGAUGGAAGCGGCCGAACAGCGAAGGGGUGAUCUCGCCCGAUGUCCUUCUCCCGCGCCUGCUGCGGCGUCCCUUAGAAGAUUUAUACCCGCGAAAGUUCAUCUCCGGGGUGGAUAUUUUCACCGGGUCCGUUCCGAUCCAACAGCGGCUGCUGUGCAGCCUCCCCCGGGUGGAUCCUUCCCUCACGAUCCAGAUCCCCAAACACGCCAAUUUCAUCAAAGUCAAGUACAAAAGCACCCUCCCACUGCGGGAGGCGGCCUACGAGGACCCCGGCGUCGAGCCGGCGGAGAUCCCGCCGGAGGUCUCGUGGGAGGACGAGCGAAACGAGCCCCCCGCCGGGGGGGGAGGAGGGGGAGGGGGACCGCAAAAUCCGGACCCCGCGCACCCGUCCAUUCGGCUCAGCACCACCGUCCUGAGCGCGCCGGCGACGCUGAAGCCCCGGCCCCCGGGCCCCGGCCGCUUCGCCACGCCGAACCCGCCAUUUGUCAAACACGCCGCGAAGCAAAUCGCGAAGUGGGGGCCGAAAUGCCGAUUCAAAGAGGAGCCGGAGAGCGAGGAGGUCAAGGGGGAGGAGGUCUUUAGCGCGCCGGAUGAGUUUAGGGUCUUCCGCGAGCUCUGCGAGCAGCCCUUUUCCAAGGGCGCGGUGGGGAAACUCACCACCCGCACGACUGGGAGCACCACGACGAGUGUGUUGAUCUCCUUUGAGCGGCUCGACCCGCUCUCGCCGAACCGCGCGCCGGAGUGGUCGCUUUAUCAGACGCUUUUUGGCGGGUUUCGCUCGCUGAUUCCGCGGGUGCUCGACCAUUCCGUGAUCGACCACAUUUUGUUAUCCACCUGCGAGCGGCAUUUUACGCGGAUGGAGUGCCGUUAUAUGAAUUGCCUCAAAGAGUCCGACUCACGGGCGAUGAAUAGCCAAAUAUUGUUGAUGCUGGCGGAGCGCUUUUUUCGCGAAUCGUACGAGCUGUCCGAUUUCCAACGCUCCCUCGCGGAUGAGCUUGAGGCCCGCUACUGCUUUCCCGAGCUGGUGGCGAAGACGUUUUACGAGAUCCUCUGCUUUCUCGAUGCCGCGGCCGCGCAAGACGCCUUGUAUAGCCUUUACUUGGAAGUCAUUCGCGGAUUUGUCUCGCCAACGCACAUUCACUUCGCCUGCUAUAUGCUUUUUAACAUGAGCUACAGCUGGCCGUCGUCGGAUCCUUAUCAGGUGGUGAGCAAGGACGAAGCCCUGGCGAUGCUACGCUAUCUCUAUCGUAAUGCCGAUAUCAUUGUUCAUGUCGACGUCCAUGAUAUCCUGAACGAUUACGAGCGAAUGUCGCGUACGGCCCCGCUAACGUUGAAUUAUAUGCGCAGCUAUAUCGCCUCCAUUAUUCUCCAUCAGGAGGAGACGAUGCUUUUGUAUCUUCAGGGAUUAUUCCGCUCUUGUUGUAUCGCGGAGGACCUCCAGAAACUCACCUACGACCACUACUCUAGUGUGUUUUUUAAACACUGGAACGAGAAGUCGACCCAAAAUGGAAUUGUAAGGUUUUUAACAACCACACUUGGAUUUAACAAAAGUGCCUACCUGUCGAGCGAUGACUUGGCAUUAGUGGUGGCUAGCUAUUGGGCAUCAAAUUUACUUUUAUAA